AUGAGAGUAAAUGUAAGCAUAUUGAAUGGAUCUCUGCAUAUCCCCAAGGAUCUGGCACUGGAUCGUCCUCCAUGGGUGGCCACUGCCUUGGCUGUCAUUCUCAUCUUCACCAUUGUGAUCGAUAUUUUGGGGAACCUCCUGGUCAUACUUUCGGUCUUCAGAAAUAGAAAACUCAGGAACGCAGGGAAUAUAUUUGUCGUAAGCCUUGCUGUUGCAGACCUGGUGGUGGCCAUUUACCCAUACCCUUUAGUGCUGACUUCAAUAUUUCGCAAAGGAUGGAAUUUGGGAUACCUCCACUGCCAAAUUAGCGGAUUUUUGAUGGGAAUAAGUGUCAUUGGAUCUAUAUUUAACAUUGCUGGUGUUGCAGUUAAUCGCUAUUGUUAUAUCUGUCACAGCCUCAAAUACGACAAGUUGUAUAGUGACAAAAAUUCCUUGUUUUACGUGAUUCUUAUUUGGGUGCUAACAUUCAUUGCCAUUGUGCCAAAUCUGUUUGUUGGAUCAUUACAGUAUGAUCCCAGGAUCUAUUCAUGUACAUUUUCACAAUCAGUAAGCUCAACCUACACCAUAGCAGUGGUGUUUUUCCAUUUUAUACUCCCAAUUACAAUCGUAACUUUUUGCUAUUUACGUAUAUGGAUUUUGGUUAUUCAGGUGAGACGCAGGGUAAAACCAGAUAACAAACCCAAAUUAAAACCUCACGAUUUCAGGAACUUUGUAACAAUGUUUGUGGUAUUUGUAUUGUUUGCGGUCUGCUGGGCGCCUUUAAACUUCAUAGGCCUUGCUGUUGCUGUAAACCCAGACACAAUCCUACCUAGAAUUCCAGAAUGGUUGUUUGUUGGCAGUUAUUACAUGGCAUAUUUCAACAGUUGCCUUAAUGCUAUCAUUUAUGGGCUCUUGAACCAGAAUUUCAGGAGAGAGUACAAGAGGAUUAUUGUUUCUCUCUGUACCGCAAAGCUUUUCUUUCAGGAAAGUUCUAACGAUGGAGAGAAGAUUAAAAGCAAACCCUCGCCAAUGCUAACAAAUAACAACCAAGUAAAAGUGGACUCUGUCUGAAAUUGUAAGGAAUUUUAAUGCUAGU